CGCAUGAGUUGGUGCCGGGACAUCUCCACUCUCUUGUCUUUGGACCUGAUGUCUGCUGUCUUCUUCUUGGACGAACUCUGAUUGCAUUGCAAAUCAGCCCUGACGCACUCGUCGCUCGAACAACAAGCAAGCGCGUCCUCGGUUCUGAGUUUUACAGGUCCGCUGUCACCAGAACGGCUUUCUGCGGGGGAACAAUCUGACACGUGCAUCAUGUUGGACGGGAUAAAAAUAGAAGAGCAUCCGCUGCGAUCGGGACAAGCGCUGGGUGUCAUGCUCGAAUUUUUCCUUCAAGGGACGGACUGUCACCACCAGACCGUGUGUGAAGGCUGCCACCGUCCCAUCUCUGACCGCUUCUUGAUGAGGGUCAACGAGUCGUCGUGGCAUGAGGAGUGUUUGCAAUGCACAGUGUGUCAACAGCCUCUCAUCACCAGCUGCUACUUCAGAGAAAGGAAACUUUACUGCAAGCACGACUACCAACAGUUGUUUGCAACCAAGUGCAGCGGGUGCUUGGAGAAAAUUGCCCCGACAGAGUUUGUGAUGCGAGCUCUGGAGUGCGUCUACCACCUGAACUGCUUCUGCUGUUGCGUGUGCGACCGCCAGCUAAGGAAAGGUGACGAGUUUGUCCUGAAGGAGGGUCAGCUGCUGUGCAAAGUCGACUACGAGAGGGAGAAGGAUUUACUCAGCUCGGUCAGCCCAGAUGACUCAGACUCAGAAAAAAGUGACGAUGAGGAGUUGGACAUCAAGCCAGAAAAAGGAAGCAUAGGAGGCCAAGGUAAAGGGGAUGACAGCAAGGAUCCCAGGAGACCCAAAAGACCACGGACCAUUUUGACCACUCAGCAGAGACGAGCCUUUAAGGCCUCCUUUGAGGUCUCUUCAAAACCUUGCAGGAAGGUGAGGGAGACGUUGGCUGCAGAGACAGGCCUCAGUGUUCGGGUGGUCCAGGUGUGGUUCCAGAACCAGAGAGCAAAGAUGAAGAAGUUGGCCAGAAGACAGCAGCAACAACAAGAACAGCAGAAUUCCCAGAGACUUGGGCAAGAAGUAAUGUCAAAUCGAAUGGAAGGGAUGAUGAGUUCCUUCACUCCUCUGCCGCCACCACAACAGCAGCUGGUUGCCAUGGAUCAGAAUGGCUACAGCACAGACCCAUUCCAACAGGGACUCACUCCCCCACAGAUGCCCGGAGACCACAUGAACCCAUAUGGUAACGAUUCUGCAUUCCAUGACAUAGACAGUGACACAUCGUUAACCAGCCUAAGUGACUGCUUCAUGGCAUCAUCAGAGGUCAGCUCCAUGCAGGCUCGUGUGGGAAACCCGAUUGACCGCCUAUACUCCAUGCAAAACUCAUAUUUUGCAUCAUGAAAAGACAAGAAAAAAAACAAAGCACAGAAUAAACUGCACGGAUACGAAAGAAGAAACCGUCUGGGAUGGCCACCCGUGGGUUUUUGUGGGUGCCUACUCCAAGAUUGUGAAACCACUUGUAAGACAGCAAAGACUCCUGGGACAAAAGGAUUUGUUACAUGUUAGAAAUUGUUCAUUAGGAUGGUUUAACCCUCCCAGGAGAUACUGUAUUACUCUUUCUUUGUUCACCAGUAGAUAAGAAAGCCGCUGACACUCUCUCAAACCAAAUAAACAGUGAAUUUACAAGUGCAUGUUCAAUAUUAAACUUUUCUAAUUCAUCCCCCCCGGUUAAGAUGUGGUGUUUAGAUUGUUUCUUCUGACGCUACAUAGUUUACCAUGUUUACCAGUAGCAUUUUGAUCACUAUGGAUAGGUACUAGGUAUUGUGUUAAUAGUAAAUAGGUGCAGCAUGUCUGCAAGAGUGACUGUACAUUUGUGUAUGUUCGAGAGUUUUUGGUGAGAGAGAAGCAUUUAGAGGAGUUUAGAGAGGGUCAGUGAUAUGGUGGACUAGUAAGAUCAGUGAAAUGUAAAUACUUUUCCAAGGCAAAUUGGAUGUGCAUGUUAAAAAUGGAAAGCAUUCUAUUUAUUUAACUAUAACAGGCUCUUGAAGGUACAUAGUAAAAAUGAAAAGCUUUAUUUAAAAGGAGAACUUUUUUGGUUGAACAAUUAGUGAGUUCGCAAGUUUCACAACUUGUUUUUUCUGUGUGCCAUUCUAAUAUGAAGAUUAACCGUUUUUCCCAGCCUAGCUGUAAAUGAGCAAUGUGCUAUUUAUUUCGUACCAUAAACCCUUUGUUGUCAUUGUCAUAUGUGCAUCCUCAAAAUGUUAAAAGUUGCUAA